CCUCGGGUCUGUAAGUUCGGAGGCGAACAGAGAGCCGGGCUGGGGGUGCGGAUCUCUGGAAAUGGAGCCCCUGUUGGGGAUCUGGUUUGGUCGUGAUCUGCCCUGGGAUGCGAGUCGAGGUGCUGGUCUAGGCCCCGGGGGACUUAAGCCUUGGACCGGCCCAUGAUGCAUCCCACGCUCUUCCACUUAGCGAAUCUGCAGUGGGGAGUCUCAGGAUGCCCCAGGGACCGCCUCCUGGGACCCUCUACCUAGGGCCCUGUAACUGGCCAGGACCCCAGACUCUGGCAUUUUGUAAAAAGUGCUGGACUUGAGGCCAGCAGAAAACUGAACCGCGGGGAGCUAGCCAAGGCAAGGCCUUCAGUGCCGACUGCGAGACUGCUGUCUGCCAAAAUGUCUGAAAGAUCAGAUCUCCUUCACUUCAAGUUUGAAAAUUAUGGAGAUUCAAUGUUACAAAAAAUGAACAAAUUAAGAGAAGAGAAUAAAUUUUGUGAUGUUACGGUUCUCAUAGAUGAUGUUGAGGUGCAGGGGCAUAAAAUUGUUUUUGCUGCAGGUUCCCCCUUCUUAAGAGACCAGUUUUUACUGAAUGAUUCCCAAGAGGUGAAAAUCUCCAUAUUACAAAGUUCUGAAGUGGGGAGACAAUUGCUCUUAUCGUGCUAUAGUGGUGUGCUGGAAUUCCCUGAGAUGGAACUGGUAAAUUACUUGACUGCUGCGAGUUUUCUUCAGAUGAGCCACAUUGUAGAACGGUGCACACAGGCGCUGUGGAAGUUUAUAAAGCCAAAACAACCAAUGGAUAGUAAAGAGGGAUGUGAACCACAAAGUGCUUCUUCCCAGUCGAAAGAACAGCAGGGAGAUGCCAGAGGCUCUCCAAAACAGGACUUACCUUGUGUUCAUCCAUCUGAAGACAGUAUGGAUAUGGAGGACAGUGAUAUUCAGAUUGUUAAGGUAGAAUCUAUUGGGGAUGUUUCAGAGGUUAGAAGUAAAAAAGAUCAGAACCAGUACAUUUCUUCUGAACCCACUGCUUUACAUUCAUCAGAACCUCAGCACUCUCUGAUAAACUCAACUGUGGAAAACAGAGUAAGUGAACUAGACCAGAGCCAUCUCCACAAUUACGCCCUCUCUUACACAGGCAAUGAUGACCUCAUCAUGACCUCAAAAGAUGUUUUUGGGCCUAAUAUUCGAGGUGUAGACAAAGGCUUACAGUGGCAUCACCAAUGCCCAAAGUGUACCAGGGUGUUCCGUCACCUGGAGAACUACGCCAACCAUUUAAAAAUGCACAAACUCUUUAUGUGUCUACUCUGCGGCAAGACUUUCACUCAGAAAGGCAAUCUUCAUCGACACAUGCGUGUACAUGCCGGAAUUAAACCUUUCCAGUGUAAAAUCUGUGGGAAAACCUUUUCUCAGAAGUGUUCCUUACAGGACCAUCUUAACCUUCACAGUGGAGAUAAGCCCCAUAAAUGUAACUAUUGUGACAUGGUUUUUGCACAUAAGCCAGUUUUGAGGAAACACCUUAAACAGCUGCAUGGCAAAAACAGCUUUGAUAAUGCCAAUGAGAGGAAUGUGCAAGACCUCACUGUGGAUUUUGAUUCUUUCGCAUGUACAACAGUCACAGACUCUAAAGGUUGUCAACCACAACCUGAUGCAACACAGGUCCUGGAUGCAGGUAAACUGACCCAAGCUGUCCUCAGCUUAAGGAGUGAGAGUACAUGUGUAAGCUGAGGAGGGGCCUAGUACUCACAGGUAGAAUUGACUAAGUCUUUUUAGACAUGGUUUGGAUAGUUUCUUCUCCAAAGCCUCCAAGCAGGUGGUCAUGGGUAAGCAGCAGCAGACCAGGCAACUCCCACUUGCAGUGGCUUUGCUUUUCUUUAGCCCUCUCCCAACUCUUUUUUGAGUUAUUUAUUUUGUGAUGUCUAUUUUCCUUUUCUAAAAAAUAAUUCCAUUUGUCUACCUAGUGUCAAUACAUGGCUUAGACUGACACUGUUCUAAUCUUUUUACCGAGCACAUCUGAAGGUACUAACAAAUAACAUCACCUACUUCCCACCAAUAGAUGCUGUACUUAGAAAAGUUCACACUUUUCGUUGAGGGAAAUGAGGCUGGGAUAUGAGGUGAUACUGCUGUUGACCUAAAUAUGUGAUAGAGCCUCUGUCUACUGUGAUUCGUCUAAGACUGAUGAGUGAGUCUCUUUCCUACCAUUUGUACUUUUGGGGGGGGGGCUGCUAUGAAGAAGUAUGUCUGUUUGUACUUUAAACACUAACACAGCCCACUGAAUUGUUCUCAUAACCCAGAAUACAGUUCUUUCAGCAACAUCUUCCCACUGUGGGGAGGAUAAUCAACAAAUAAUAGAAGUAUAAUAAAAGAACAGUGGGCACCUGGAAGGUUUCCUAAACAAGAGACCAGCAGUUGUUGAUGCUCUUGUAAUUGGAAGUGCUUUGGGCAUAUUUAAGUGAGCUAAAGAAUAAUGAAUGGCCUCUAUAGAAAUAGAUAUAUUGGAGUCUGACCUGUAUAUCAGAGUUUAUUUGAUAAGAAAGGUGAGUUUGGCCAUCCCUUUUGUGCUGUUUACAGUAUCUUCCAGUUUUCCUUUUUUCGUAUACCUUCAUCUUGAAAACAUGAAAAAAAAUUAAGUGGUAUACAGAAGACAACCAGAAUUUUUGCUUUUAGAUAGUCUUAGAGUUACACUGUGUACUUUGCCACCUUUCAUAGAUGGUCUUGAAGGAUGGAAAAAAACAAUUCUUUAUCCUAAAGUACAUUUCAGACAUAAUUUUGAGUUUGUUUCUGACCAAAGGGUCACAGUAAGGUGUAGGAUUGCCAGAGAACUUAGAAACUCUUACAAGAUUGUUUAUACUAUCUCUGUCAUUUUAAGUAGGAGCAUUCAGAGUCAGCACUCACCAAAAAGAAAAAAAAAAGUACACCUGGCUAAAUAUGAAUGAAUGUUCCCAUGCCUCUCUUCUGCUAUACCUUGGCUUUAAAAGAUGGUGAACAAUAGUACAUUAACAGAAAAUUUCCAGUUUUGCUUCACUAAUGUAUAUCCCUUUUGGCUUUUAGAGACAGCCUAGGAUUUGCCAACAAAAUGUUACAGAAGGACUUGUGAUAAUUACUUUUUUAAACUGAUUUUAUUUUGGUGACUUACGCAGUUGAAGCAGGAGGGUUGCUGUAAGUUAAAGGUCAGCCUGGACUAAGAACUAAAUAAAUGUAAUUAUUGUAGUGGUGCUGGGAGUCAUCCCAGUAUCUCAUAUGUGCUAGACAAGCACUGAACCUGCCACUGAACUACAAUUCUAGCCUGUUAUUUGUGUUCUAGAUAAAUGAAUAUUGUAUUAUUUCUAAAUGAGUGGCUGGUUUAGGUAUGAAGGGAAGGGCAAAUUAGAAUAAUGUGAGAUAGAUUCAAAUAUGAAACUAAAUUUAUAUGAGAAACUUUAUUUCCACCAGACUUUUUUUUUGAGUUAUGAGAGUACAUGUACAGAUAAUUCAAAAGUUAAACUUAAUUUAUAUAUAGAUGGCAAGAGGUGUUAAUUUGUUAUAAUUUGAUAUAUUUACACAUGGCUCAGAUUUGAGGCAUAAUUUCUACUAAAUAAAUAAGAAUACGGUUGACUAAUAAGACUUGUUGGUACUUUAUGUUCAACAUCACUCACUGUAUAGUCUAAUAGUGCUUUCUAGGAUUCUGAAUUUUAAUGAUUUUUCCAAAGAGCAACAAUGGGAUUCUACUAUGUCAUCUAAUGUUUUGAAUAUUUUCUCUGAGUUUAUUUUUUCAUAGGAACAUUUCAAAAUAAUGGGACUAUACAUGUUUUUUUUGGGGGGGGUCUGGUUGCUGUUAGUAGUCUGAAGACUAAAAACAGAAUGGGUUCAAAUAAUACUGCCCUCUUAUGUUGGAGGCAGUAUCUUGAUUUAUUUCAGUCACUCAGAAGCCUUUUUUUCUUUCUUUUUUUUAAAUGCUUGGGAGUUUGAACCCAAGACCUCAAACACACUGACCAUGUUCUCUAUCACUGAGCAACUCCCAUAGCCUCAAGAGACAUUAAUAAGCAACUGGUAUUUCCAGACACUAUGUUAGAUUCUGAGGAUAGGAAUUGAUAUAUCCUUGUUGUAGGACUUACAGUGCCAAGUGAUUUUAGUGAGACAAGGUCCCCAAUUUAUUUCAUAACUAAGAAUGGCUGCCCCCCCUUUUUUUUCGAGCAUUUAAGGCAGUGGUUCUCAAACUGGGUCUCCAGCCCAAUUUGGGUGUAGGGAGGUGUUGAAUGACCCUUUCAUAGGGAUCACCCCAAGGCCAUUGGAAAACACAGAUUUAUAUUACGAGGAACUAUAUGGUUGAGAACCACUGAUGUAAUGUUAGUUUUCUUAAGUGUUUUCUGCUAUUAAAAUUUUCACUUCUCACUGUUUGCAAACCUCUUACCUAAUUUAUGGUCUCUUUCAUUUCUUGCCUGGAGAGGUCUCAUUUCUGCAAGACAUUUCAGUUUGGUGGGACUAGGGUUCUUACACAUUUCUCAGAUUUAAUUGCAAAGAGGUCAAGUUAUUUUAUGGUGGAAGAGGUUUAACACUAGUCAUGAUUAUAUGGGGUCAGGGUAUAAAUCUUAGUUACCCAGCAUUUGGGUUUUUUGGUUUUUUUUGGGGGGGGCAGGAUCUCACUAUUGUACUCUUUGCUGUCUCAGCCUCCUGAGUGCUGGGCUCAAUAUUUGUGUUGUAUGGAUUCCCAGGAAAACUUCAAAAGGAAAAGGACUCUCUUUACUGCAGUUUGGUCUUUUAAAAUUUGAUGUUAUUUAUUUAUUAUUUAAUAUUAAAACGAGCUCCAAACUGAAGUGACUGUGAGGUAAAGCAGGUAUGAUUUUGCUUUAGAAGACUUGUGAAAGGUGACUAGUGUCACCAUUUCUAAAAUACUGUCUCAACAAACAACUCAGAACAUUUCAUUUCAGCUCAUGAAUGGCUGUUCUAAAAUCUGUUGUAUGUUAGACAUACUUUGAACUACCUCUUUACUUAAAACGGGGACAUUUCCUUAAUAAAAGUGUGACAGUUAAA